AUGGCAACUUUGCUCCUUCUCCUGCUCCACGACCUGCAUGCCAUCGCUUACAUCGCAUUUGUCAAUGUUAUGGCGAAAACGUCUGGCUGGGAUCCCGUCUUGCUGAUUUCUCAGAUCGUGUCCAUGCAAUCGCUUCACUACCUUACCCUAGCCGUCCUCGUGCCGCCACUGCUCACAAUAUUUGCAGAACCCAGCGCGCUGGAAUACGAUGGAGGCGCCGCUAAUGUUGGGAUGGUAAUGGAUUGGCGGGAGAUGGCGGGAAGACUCACUGCUCGCACCGGGGAUGAUCCUUGGAGCACUUGGAACGCCGUCUGGAGCGGCGGCAAGCAACUAGGGUCUACCAUUCCGCACAUGGAUGACUGGGACGGCCGAAUAGACCCAGCACGAGGUUGGAUCAUCGCUGUCUGCUGGUUGGUUGCGUCGGCAGUGGACGUCUACUAUCUAUACGCGCUGAUAAGGCGGCCCCGUCUGAUUCUGGACUUCUCCUUAACCCUCAUUUUCAACCAUCUGGUCCUGACGACGUAUUACUCGAAGUCACUCCCCACAUCAUUAUUCUUCUGGGCGAUCAUGUUCAGCAGUGCUGCUCUCAUGGUCAUUACCGCAGAACAGCUUUGUGUGAAGCGGGAGAUGGCGGAGGGCCUGGCGGUUGCCCCAUCGAACGAGGGAGAAGAGUUGGAGAUGGGUGACCUACUAAGACGAGAUUAA